AAAAAAUUUAUGAAUGAUUUGCUGUAAAAAUAAUGGCCGACUUCAAACGGCCGUACGUUAAUUUCAUUCAAAACUCAUAAAUCGUAAAUGGAGUGGUAGGGAAGAGUGGAGAUGUUAUCUUUACCAUGUAUUAUGUUGUGAUAAGAGAAUCUCAACCGGACGAUUUUCCGUCCGUUUCCGAAGUCGUAAGAAACGCCUACAUUUCCAACGUGACUAAAGCCUUCAUUUCGGCGCUUUUUAACGAAGUCACUUUCCAAGCAAUUGUGCUAUUGGCAGCCUUCAUGUUCAUUUUCAUGGGCGUACCUUUACAGUAUUGUUUACUAUCAGUACCUGCGGUACUGAUCAUGUUGUACAUUUUGAUCUACGGUUCGUUUUUAAUGAAAGCGGCUGAAUUAAUGCACAGUAAGAGGGCCCUACAGUGCUGGGUCGCUGAAGCGUACGAGCCUUACUUUUUCACAGAGAAACCGCAAAAUUGUUUCCACAAAGUUAUCCCACAGGAGAAGUUUCUAAAUGAGGGAAUAAAUAACACAAAUUAUAGGAAAACAAUAGUUGGGACGUGUGCUGUAAUGCAGCAUAAUCUCUCAGAAGACUGGUCAUGGUUGUUUCGCUUAGCGGUAGACGAGCGAUAUAGAAAAAAAGGCAUAGGUUUGAUGUUGACGCAAACUGCGCAAAACUGGAGUCGGAUUCAUAGGUUUGAUUACAUGGAACUAGUCAUUACCGAGUGUCAGGAGGAAGCUAGGCAGUUAUUUAGUAACGCCGGGUUCGAGAUUAAGCAAAUGUAUCACAAGCGACUCUUUACGAGUGCCUUUACUUUACAAAUGUUUCAGUUGAGAGCGGAAGUGAGAUCUACGUUUAAAUAAAAUUGUGGUUGUUCUAUUUAUACUUUUAUAAAAUAAAAUAAUUUUUGUUA